GACAGAGGAAGAGUUAAAGACCUAAUGGCAAUCACUUAUGCCAAACAGCGGGAAUACAUUAACGCAAAGCCUUCCCCAAGCAUUCUGGAUGUGGGUAAAGAGUGGCCAUUUCUCUUUUCACAGAAGUUUUUAUUGUCACACUUCACCACUCUCACCAAUGUUGAACUAUACACAAGACUGAAUGAAGAUUUGGACAAAAAGGGUAAAAGACUCCUGGAUUUCUUCAGUAGUCAGAUUACAAAGUGGAGGAAAGAAGUAAGAGCUGUUCUGAAGGAAGCCAUAAAGAAGGACCGAGAAGGAUCUGAUGGCCUAGCAGCGCUGCUUGUGAUGUUGGCACACUUCAAAGAGCAAGAGGAGUCACUUUUUCUCAUUGCUGAUGAGACUACCACUCCCGCAGACGCAGAGACCCAGCUGUCUCUCCCAAUCACUCCAAGGAUCAUCAUGCUCGGAGAGACAAUCCUGACUGCAAAAAAAUGGAUGCUGUCGAUCGAGGGGAGGGUCGUAAUCCCACCUGGUGCUCACAUGGCGGACUUCACCACUGCCUUGGCCGCUCUCUUCGCCUGUUACUAUGUAUUCAACCUAGAAUAUCAGGUGGAAGCCAGCACAACACUGGAGUUUGUUCAGAGGUUUUUAGUCAGGAUUAAUCCUGACUCCAACAAGUGCACUGCCAAGGAGCAGAUGAGCAAGACGACUGGGAGAGUGGUGAAGCGGAAGACUUCAUACAUGAACCCCCAUGUAAUCUCCUUCAUCAGGGACUUCACAGAGUUCUAUUUGCAAACUGGCUAGAAACAGGGCUCCAACUAGGAUUCUAGGUUUCCAAGGUCAGGGCAUGCAAGAGGCCAUAGACCUUUGUCAAGUGGCAGGGGAAGUUUAUUUUCCUUUCCGUUUUAAAUGUUCAUGCAAAUGUUAAAUA